GAGCGCACAAACCGGUGCGCGUUAAUUAGACCGCAGCCCGUUUGGACACUGGUUUCCGUACAAAAUACAGUUUAAACAACUUAAAUAUACUGUUAAAAUAUAUAUGAAGAUUAUAACCUGCCUGAAACAUUAGGUAUUUCUUUUCUCCUAAUGAGAGUGAAGAAGUGCGGCUACCCAGCGCGGCGGAGGAGCUGAAUUUCAUGCGUUCGCGUCAACUUUGUGGGAAUAAUGUAAGUGUGACAAAUGCUAUUGGAAAAUGGAGCAGUCGGCUACUCUGGACAUAGAGACUCUCAAGAUUACCCAGGAGCAGUUUAUUCUUGCAUCCCAGUCCCUGCACCUCCAGCGACCAGGCUGCGAUGCCGUGUACCCGGUGGGUCUAUACGGCUGGAGAAAAAGAUGCCUCUAUUUCUUCCUGCUGCUGCUCCUGGUCACCAUGAUAGUUAACCUGGCCCUCACCGUCUGGAUCGUGAAGGUUAUGAAUUUCUCAGAGGACGGAAUGGGAAGCCUCAAGCUGAACCAGGAUGGGAUUCGCCUGGAGGGAAUCGGCGAGUUUCUCUUGCCUCUGUAUGUUAAUGAGAUUCAGUCCAGAAGGGACAGCUUGUUGGUCUUGCGGUCAGACAAGAAUGUAACGCUGAAUGCCAGAAACAGCCAAGGCCAGCUAACCGGUCAGCUCACAGUGGGACCUGAGGCUGUGGAGGCGCAGUGUCACAGGCUGGAGGUGCGAAGCAGAGACGGGAGCAGACUUCUGUUCACUGCCGAUGAGGAGGAGGUCAUCAUGGCGGCAGAAAAGUUCACAGUCACAGGCUCAGAAGGUGCCGUGUUUGGACAUUCAGUAGAGACUCCCCUGAUCCAGGCGAGGGCUUCUGAAGACCUGAAGCUGGAGUCGCCGACACGAACCCUGACCAUGGAAGCUCCCAGGGGGGUGGAAGUGAGCGCUACCAAAGGGUCGCUGAAGGUCAGCGGUCGCAAGGACCUACAGCUAGAGUCCACUGAAGGAGAGAUACUUUUAGAUGCCAGCGCCAUUCAGUUUGGAAGCCUCCCGCUCGGCACCUACACAGCAUCGCCCAGGCAGGCCUCACAGGAGCAGGCCGUGUACGAGGUGUGCGUUUGCCCCAGCGGCAAGAUCUACCUCUCUCCUGCAGAGAGCAGCUCCACCUGCCAGGCCAUGAGCAACAUCUGCCUCUGGAGCUGACCUGGGAGCAAUGUCGGUUGAGCGGAGACACAUAUAACGUCUGCUCCGGAGCUGCAGAGAGUGAGAUGGGACUCUUCAAUGGUACAUAUGGCAGAGAGCAGGACAGUGAGGCAGAGUUGGUAAAAGAGACUGCAGUCAGGUCAGCACAAAAGUUGCUGCCUGCAGUGCAUUAAUGGAGGUCAGGACUCUUCCACCGGUGGUGUCUGAGGAUGGAAGUCACAGCAGCACUCUGAAAUCAGGAAUAUCCCACAUGUAGAGGAGCGUCUCCAUCACCUCAUUAGAUUCAGAGGACACAACUUUUAUUUUUCUACUCCUGGCUCAAUGUUUGGCAGGCAGUGAGUGUUUUUAUGAUUAAGAAAGAAGAGGUGGGAACAGAUGAAACACAGGUGCCUUCAGCUUUAAAUGGCUUCAUUUUAAAACUGUCUGUGCAGCUGGAGUCAGACAUUAUCUGUAAUGGUAGAAAGUGGAGUAAGCACAAUGAUGUUUUUCCUCUAAAAAUCCCAUAGACUGAAUAUAAAAGAUGGACAUAGCUACUGUGACACCACCAACAGGUGUGUAAAGCCUCGGGCUCAGGUUUUUGAUGGUCGCCAUCUUUGGUGGCCAGACACAGCGACCCAGGGGGUAGAUCUGAUAAAAACUAAGUGACACAGCACACUCAGACAUUAAGAACUUGCUAAUUACACGGUACUCCAGCCCAAAAGCAUUCCCUAUUUUUAUCGUCCUUUGUGGCCCUAAUGGCGACCAUUGUUUUAAAAAAUUAUACUGACUUCAAGAAGACCUGAAACUACUGAUUGAGGCACAAAACCUGUCAGGAAAUUUUUUUUUUUUUGUGGUCAUAAAGUGAGAAGGAGUCUAGCUUCUUUUUGCAAUGAGAGUCGCCGCCUCCUGCUGGCUAUUAGCAGGAAUGCAGGGUUAUCCACAUUGGCUUCAUUUUUCAUAUACUGUCUGUGAAAAAUCCAGAUUGUUUUUCUUUGAAUGAUCAUAAUAUGUGUAUUUGUUUUCUACUUUGUCAGAGGCUGUGUAGCUUGACAUUAAACAUGUUUCUAUGUGGCACACAUUGUUCUUGAUCUUUAACUGAUAAAGUGAACAAAACUGUUCCCAAGGUUAAGGUAGAGAUUUCCAAAGACUUUGCUCUCUAAGAUAAAUAUGGCAGCUUUUCUUCCUGUGUACAUGAGUACAUUAGUU